CGGGUCUUCCUGAGGCUGGCCCGGCUCUGGCGUCCCUGCUGCUGCUGCUGUUGCUGCCGCCGCCACCGUCGACGUAAAUCCCGGCCCCUUCAAGCCUAGUCUCGCCCGGCCCCGGGUUUCCCCUCAGACAAGUCUCAUGGCGUAUAGCCAGGGAGGCGGCAAGAAGAAAGUCUGUUACUACUAUGACGGUGAUAUUGGGAACUAUUAUUAUGGACAGGGGCACCCAAUGAAGCCUCACAGGAUUCGCAUGACACAUAACUUGUUGCUAAAUUAUGGCUUGUACAGAAAAAUGGAAAUUUAUCGGCCUCACAAAGCUACAGCAGAAGAAAUGACGAAAUACCACAGCGAUGAGUACAUAAAAUUUCUUCGCUCAAUUAGACCUGACAAUAUGUCUGAAUAUAGCAAACAAAUGCAAAGAUUUAACGUGGGGGAAGACUGUCCUGUGUUUGAUGGGCUGUUUGAGUUCUGUCAGCUGUCAACAGGAGGCUCUGUGGCUGGAGCAGUAAAAUUAAACAGACAACAAACAGACAUGGCUGUUAAUUGGGCUGGAGGACUUCAUCAUGCCAAGAAGUCAGAGGCAUCAGGUUUCUGCUAUGUCAAUGAUAUUGUGCUUGCCAUUCUGGAAUUACUAAAAUACCACCAAAGAGUAUUGUACAUUGAUAUUGAUAUCCAUCACGGUGAUGGCGUUGAAGAAGCAUUUUACACAACAGAUCGUGUAAUGACAGUAUCAUUCCAUAAAUAUGGUGAAUAUUUCCCUGGCACAGGCGAUUUGAGAGACAUAGGUGCUGGAAAAGGCAAAUACUAUGCUGUCAACUUUCCAAUGAGAGAUGGAAUAGAUGAUGAGUCAUAUGGUCAGAUAUUUAAGCCAAUUAUUUCCAAAGUCAUGGAGAUGUACCAACCUAGUGCUGUGGUGUUGCAGUGUGGGGCAGAUUCACUGUCUGGUGACAGGCUGGGAUGUUUUAAUCUUACCGUCAAAGGACAUGCUAAAUGUGUAGAAGUUGUGAAGACUUUCAACUUGCCUCUUCUGAUGCUUGGAGGAGGUGGAUAUACCAUACGGAAUGUUGCUCGAUGUUGGACCUAUGAGACUGCUGUUGCCUUAGAUUGUGAAAUCCCUAAUGAAUUGCCAUACAAUGACUACUUUGAGUAUUUUGGACCAGAUUUCAAGCUGCAUAUUAGCCCUUCAAAUAUGACAAACCAGAAUACCCCAGAAUAUAUGGAGAAGAUUAAACAGCGUUUGUUUGAGAACUUGCGCAUGUUGCCCCAUGCCCCAGGUGUACAGAUGCAGGCUAUUCCUGAAGAUGCUGUUCAUGAAGACAGUGGUGAUGAAGAUGGCGAAGAUCCAGACAAACGUAUUUCUAUUCGUGCAUCAGAUAAGCGAAUAGCCUGUGAUGAAGAAUUUUCUGAUUCUGAAGAUGAAGGGGAAGGUGGACGCAGAAAUGUUGCAGAUCACAAGAAAGGAGCAAAGAAAGCCCGACUAGAAGAAGACAAGAAAGAAACAGAAGAUAAAAAAGCAGACAUUAAAGAGGAAGAUAAAUCCAAGGACAGCAGUGGUGAGAAAGCAGAUACCAAAGGCACAAAGUCAGAACAGCUCAGCAAUCCUUGAAUGUAGAAGCUCACAUCAAUUAAAGGACACAAUACAAAAGUGAGGGGGGGGGGGAGUUAAAAGGAACUUUUCAUAUGAGAAGAGACUCUUGAUUUUCAUUUUGUACUAUUUGGCAUGGAGCGUAUUUAUUUUCAAACAACUGUGUUUUUGUUUUUGGCAACUUGUAUUGUGAGUUUUCUAAUUAUGAUGCAAAAUUUUGUUCCUUCCGCCAGGCUUUAAGUAAUAGUAUUCAAAAUGGAUGUGCUAUUAUGUUAGACGUCUAAAUGAUCUAUUAAAAUUUGCCUUUUCCUGAACUGAUUUUACCCCUUUUUGUAAUUAUAUCUUUAUUAAAAAAAAAUGUACUCA